AGAGGCAGGCAUGGAAAUACUGAAAGGCUGUCUGUACUCUGAGAGCCACUAAGGUGGGAAGCCACUUUGUAUCCUCAGAGCACAGCUCAGGCUUGUACACAGGGAAGGCUCAGCACAACCUCAUGAAUUAAGUAAAUCUGAGGAAAUGUCCUCUUUCAGGCCACAUCAGCUCAUCUGGAAGGAGAUCAGAGUAACAAAUGAACCUUUGCACAGUGGACAGCAUGUCACCAACAGGCUCCUGCAGCCUGUGGAACAUCCAAUGGCACCAGUGAGAUCUGCUCCCUCUCGCUGCCUCCAUUGCCAUCCUCUCUACAUCUGUCCAUACUCAUGGCCACAGCAGUCCACAGAAAUGCAAGUCUCUCAGUUGUGUCUUGUGGGGGGUUUGUGCUGGUGGGAUUUGGGGGAGGUGCAGAGAUCCAGGCCCUGCUCUUUGCUGUCUUCCUGGCCUUGUACGUAGUGACCGUCCUGGGCAACCUCACCAUGAUCGUAGUCAUCACCCUGGAUGCUCGUCUACACUCCCCCAUGUACUUCUUCCUCAAGAACCUGUCCUUUGUUGACCUCUGCCUCUCUUCUAUUAUUGUGCCCAAUGCCCUGGCCAACAUCUUCUCCUCUUCCAAGGCCAUCACCUUUGCAGGAUGUGCCACUCAGUUCUUCUUUUUCUCCUUGCUGGCUGCUACUGAGGCUGUCCUCUUAGCUGUGAUGGCCUAUGACCGUUUCAUGGCCAUCUGUAAUCCCCUGAGGUACCCUGUGACCAUGUGCCCUAUGACCUGUGCCCGUUUGGUUCUGGGUACCUUCUGUGUUGGCUGCCUGAACUCCAUCGUGCAGACCAGCCUCACAUUCCAGCUGCCCUUCUGCAGUUCCAACCGCAUUGACUACUACUUUUGUGACGUGCCCCCACUGCUCCGGCUGGCCUGUGCAGAUACAGCUCUCAACGAGCUUGUCAUGUUUGGCAUCUGUGGGUUCAUUAUUGUCUGUACUGUUCUUGUGGUCAUCAUCUCCUAUGGCUACAUCACAGUGACCAUCCUCAGAAUGCACUCAGCAUCAGGGCGACACAAAGUCUUCUCUACCUGUGGCUCCCACAUGACAGCUGUGUGCUUAUUUUAUGGAACUGGCUUUGUUAUAUAUGGCCAGCCAGGAGGUGUGACAUCCAUGGAGCAGGGCAAGAUGGUGUCCAUCUUCUACACCCUGGUCAUCCCCAUGUUCAAUCCCCUCAUCUACAGUCUGCGCAACAAGGAUGUAAAGGAUGCCCUGAGGAGGCUGGGUCAGAGACACAGUCUGGUGAAGGAGAGUGGCUGGUGUCAUCAUCAGAAACUAUGCUAAGAUCAUAGAAGAAAAAUGUCCUUGGGAGAUAGAGUGUCUUAUUUUGUUUUUAUGUCUACCUAUCCUGUUCUCUUUGUCCUCUUGUUUCCUACUUUCUACCUUCCUGGCUUCUUUUCUUCAUUCAUUCAUGUAUUCAUCCACCCAUUAAUCUACCAACAUACCCACCUGUUCACUGUCUACCCUGGCUUUCUUGAAUGUAUAUUAUUGGGCAAGCAUUUACAGAAUGUGAAUAAGGCACAUUCUUUGCCACCAAAUGGCCCAUAGUUGGAAGAAUCCUGAAUUCCUUUAGUUUGACAGAGGACAAAGCACUAUAACAGGAACUAGAUUUGGGGACCAUUGUCAACAUCUUCCAGUGAAGCUGCAUAGCUGCAGAUUUCUCUACGGACCUUUCCUUUUUUUCAUCACUGAAUCUAAUGUCAGUGUGGUAGGAACUUCCCUCUGAGCAUCUAAGACUGUGGCCCUUAGAAGCUAUGUGUUGGCCCAUCCUUACAUUGAUCUAGUAUGAGGAUGGGCUAAAAGGAUAGCUCUGCAGACUUCCUCCUCAGCUUUACAAUAUUGCUGCUUCCUCCUCCUUCCUCUGUUCCUGAAGCUGCUCUCCUCAUAGGGUAUCACAGUGUACUGCUGGAGUCAUGAGGAACCUACCUACAUGCAAUUGGCUCCCAGCAUAUCCCUUUAACCUCCAGCCUUGGGUUAGAGAGGAAGUCACAGUUAUAUUCACAGUUCAGGGAACCAUUAAAAUCUGGCCUGGCAGCUUGUGAUGAUAUCAAGGUGUUGUUCAUCCUCCAAAUAAGGAUGAAGCCUUGGUGAACUCCACUUCACAAUAGCCUGCUGUGUUCUGCACAUAGGACUUCUCUGUGUCUCUCCCUGCCCUGUGUGUCUGAUGCCAGCCCUCAGUUCCAUGCUGCUCUUGCCUAGGAGACCUUCAGGGACAGAACUGACCUCUAAACAGGGCUGAAGGCUUCCUCCAAGUUUCCCUCUCUUGUCAUGAUAUAUUGUGUAUCCUAAUAAAAUUUGCCUGAAGAUCAGAGAACAGAACACUAGAUUAAACAUAGAGGCCAGGCAGUGGUGGCACAUACCGUUAAUCCUAGCACUCGGGAGAUAGAGAUCCAUCUGGAUCUCUGUGAGUUCAAAGCUACCCUGGACUACAUGAGAUUGACUCAGUCUAGGAGAGAAACAGAGCUGGGCAGUGGUGGUACACACCUUUAAUCCUAAUACUUGGGAGUCACAUGCCUUUAAUCCCAGCACUUGAGAUCUCACACCUUUAAUCCCAGUGUUUGGGAAGCACACAUGCCAUUUAUCCCAGCACUAGGAAGGAAGUGA